AUGCAUCAAAAAACUUACAAAAAUAGUAUUGCAGUGGAUAGCGUUGAGCACGAGAUGCUAGAGCUUUCACAACAACACGAUGCCUUCAAUCGGGAUUUGAACGUAGACAUGAUCCAGGAAACUGACUAUGCCUCACAUCACGAUUUGAUGAGAUUGAUUGCUGCUCAAAAUCCGGAGGCCGCUGAGGAUAUUUUGAGAAACCACAAAAUCAAGCAUCCAUUGGCAAUGGAGAAGCAGCGAGAGUUGUUCUCUCUUCGUCCCACAGUUUUCCAGUUUUUCGUCGAGAUCGUUGUGAACAAGGACCACCCGUUCCAUCGUUUGAAACAAUACCAAACACUUCUGUCUCUCAUGACUGACCUCUACCCAUCAGUUAUGGCUGACGCUGAGCAUGUUCUCUUCUGGGAGCGAUUGCUCGAUGCUGCUGUUUUCAACUUUGCUAACUGUCAAUGUGUCAAUGAAGCUUUGAAAAUUGAGGAUCAACCACUUACUUUUGAAUCUCACAAACAAAACAAACCGGUGAUUGAAGUUCGACAAACCCAUGCAAUGGAGAAGGAGGAUGUCUGUUACCUAGACGACGUCCGUGUUCAUGGAUUCAUCAAGCCACGUCACAUUAAGUAUAUUGUGGAGAUCGCCAGCGCAUACAAAUACUUCUUGGCUCGCAAGAUUGACAUUCUGAAAACUCUCGAGCCGGAUCCAAAACUCAAGGUGGGAUUGUUCAACAUAAGCUUGAAGGUGAAAUAUGACCCACCGAUCUACAUUGGGUUCAGGAGCAAGAACAAUCGCGGGAAAAACAGCAAAACUAUGAAAAGCUGCACUGGUGAGAGAGUCGAGGGAGAUUUCAAUGACGUUGUCCCAACAGUCUGUAUUCAUGAAAACUGUCUCGUUGGCAAAAAAGGAAGUUGCGAUCUAGAGAAAGGAACUUCUUACAUUGAUAUUAAAGUUGACACCGUCCGUCUCGGGGACCCACCACUUGGUGCCACAAAUUGCGUCGAUAUGGUGGCAGUCGAAAAAGCGUUGGAAGUGAUUAAACUCCAUUUGGCACGAAAUAACAUUCAUACUGCUGGUAAGCUGCCAGCAGUUCAUUUAAAAUAUGUAAUGGUGUGUUAUUUGGAUGAAAAUGCAAAUAUGCUCUCUUCACCAGCGGGUGAUGAUGAUGACACUGCUCACCUACGUGCACUAGUGGACCAGUAUCGCGAGAUGAAUGCGAUCGAUGUGGAAGUCAUGAAGAAGUUCAAAUUGCCGGAGUUUGGAAUGACUGGAUAUUUCGAAUCCAACAUGCGCCUUGAAGGGAGCUUCCACAACGUUUACAAUUUGUUCCUUCCAAAGACUUACGAGAUUCUCUAA